AUGGCGCCCAACAACGACCGACAGCAAUCUUCUACAUCGUCAGCAGCGGUCGAUGGCGCCCCCUCUUCUGGCACCCUUUAUGCCUCCGCCCCAGCUACAUCCACCCCUUCCUCUUCAUCUUCUUCCAACCCCUUCUCCCCAGACUAUAGGCUCACUGCAGAGGAUUUAGCUUCAACCAGGCCGGAAGAACUUCCGACUGGAAACCCUUUUGAUCUACGCGACUUUCCACUGCCAUCUUCUAGAUUUGCAUCGGGAGGACCGCGAGAAACGGGAGGGCCUGGAGGAUCAGGAGGCGUCCUCGCGUCGUCUAGUCGAUGGUACACCCUCACCACCCCCGCCGGCCGCGCAAACGGCGCACAAUACACCCUAAACCCUUCCACGGGCCUAACGACAAUCCUCAUCUCAGAUAUGACGCCCGAGUCGAGGAUUGAUGGUGCUGUGAGGUUCCGAGUCUCUUCUGCAAGCUUAGAAGGAGGAGGGGGAUAUGGCUGGGAUAGGUGGGUGGAGGAUGUUAUGCAGUAUCAUACGGUGGUAGGAUGUGGAGAUGGGGGAGGAGGGGGGUAUGGGUUGGGAAGUAUGGAUGAUGCUGUUGAUGUGAUCUAUGAGGGGGCUAGUGAGGCGGAGAAGAGGGGUGUGGAGCGUAAUGCGCUGGAGACGCUGAAGGAGAUUUAUACACAGAUUACUUCGCAGGCGAAUGCGUGA